AUGUCCUGUUUUCAGUUACUUCUCCUUUUGGUUGCUGCCUCAGAUGUUCUAGCUGCUCCAAACUUUGCCAUCGAGAAUGCCAGCCCUGUGCCAGAAAAUGCCUCUGCACAUAGCCGGGUUGCUGUGAUCAGUGUGUCCCUCUCACCUCAUACUUCUCUGCUUGGAGACCUUGUGAUUCUUAAUGCCAGUCCUGCAGUGCAUCCCUUUGUGCUGGCUCGUAGGUCCACACACCUGUGGGAUUUAUUUACCACCGGAGUACCCAUGCUGGAUUUUGAGACAGUGACACUCUAUUCCCUGGUGAUUUAUGCGCAAGACAACCAAGGAACAACAGCCUCCCAGACAGUUCUCAUUCAAAUUGCGGAUGUGAAUGAACCACCCACCUUCACUGGAGCUCUUGCCCAGGGAGAUCAAGUGACUGAGAUUUACAUUCUAGAAGACAUUGCCGUGGGCACAGUCAUUUACAGAGCAACAGCCACAGACUCAGAGGAUGCAGAUUUGGAGUUCUUCAUUUCCCCGGAGGGCUCUGGCUUCACAAUAGACAGCACCGGAACGAUCUCCACAGCCACAGUGUUUGAUUUUGAGAGUGAAACGAGAAGCUUUUCAUUGGUCAUUAAAGUGGUCGAUCCCGGAGGAUUGUCUACUUCUGGAAAUCUAAAGAUUUUCCUCAUCAAUGUCAAUAAUAAAGACCCUACUCUUACUUGCAGUUUUUUUGGUAUUGAAAAUGGCGUCUUGAGUGUUACUUCUCUUAACUCCACUCUGCACAAUAAAGUCAAUGUCACACUGGAAGAAGAAAUUCCAAUUGGGAAAACAGUUGGAAAAUGCCAGGCUUCUGAUGAAGAUCACCUGGGAGAUGUGAGCUUUGAACUAGACCCAUGGAAUGCAUACUUUGCAGUUGAUAAAGAGCGUGGGACUGUGGUGACCGCCACCCGUCUGGAUGUGGAGACAGUUGGGUUUGCAAGCAUUCAGACCUUCUCCAUUAAGGCUUGUGAUCAUGACCAGAGGUGUGCAGCUAUUCCAGUGACUGCCUCCAUUAAUGGCAUUAAUGACAACUCACCUGUCUGUGACCAAUAUCUGAUUAGGUACAGAGGCAAGGAGGUGAUUACAAAGGAUACAGUAGUUGCUACACUCUUGUGUCAUGACCUUGACAAGCCUCCGAGCCUCAUCCAUUAUGCACCGAGCUCUGGCCCAGUUGGUUCUGGACAACUCUUCGAUCUAGUGCCAAAGUCUGAACAUGUCAUCCGGGUUGCUAGAGAGUUGGAUUAUGAAAAUCCAGAGGUGGUUGCAGCUGGGCAUAUCUAUGAAAUGAGGAUUUCAGUGUUUGAUGAUCUACAUCCCUCUCAUACAGUUACUGUGACCAUCAUUGUGGAGAUUACUCCGAACAACGAUUUCAGUCCUGUGUUUACAGAGUCACACUAUUCAUUUCUGGUUCCAGAAACAUCAGGAGCUUUCCACAAAGUGGGACGAGUGACUGCCAUUGAUGAGGACUACCCCCCAAAUUGUGUGACCUACCAGAUAACCAGUGGAGACACCCAGGUGGUCCAAAGGUUCUGGAUUCACCCUCUUUCUGGAAUGAUUGAACUAAUCACAAGACCAGAUUAUGAGUCUGUGAAGCAAUAUAACCUGACUGUGGAAGCGGUAGACUGUGACAGGGUCCAUCCUCGCACGGCAGUGACCAUGGUCACAGUUGACAUUGGAGAUGAGAAUGAUGAAGCGCCUGUCUGCACACCACGUCUAUAUAAGGCAGUCAUUUUUGACAGUGUUGUUGUGGGGACAAAUGUCAAUGGCUUCAGACUAAGCUGUCAUGACAGAGAUUCGCAAGACUUCGAAAUGCGUUUUGAGAUGGCUUCUGGAAAUGAGAACCAUCAUUUCGGAUUUGACCCCAGUCGAGGUUCAAAUACUCCAAAACUAAUUGUGAAGAAUCCUUUUAACUUUGAAUCGGGAGCUGAUGUGCGGCGGCAGUACCAUCUCGUGGUGCAUAUUAUCGAUGACAAUCUGAAAUAUGGCAAAUCCGCCAAGCCCAGGACAGGCACUGCUAUUAUUGAUAUUUAUGUGACAAGAGCCGGCACGCCACCUCCUCCAACCCACGCUGAACAAAGGCCAGGUCUGACCAUUGUGUCCACAUCUAUCAAUACGUACAAGGCCAGUGAUUGGUAUAUUCCUUUCAUCUUCACUCUCAUGGUGAUUUUCUUUGCUGGAUUUGUUUCCUGGGCAUGUUUCCUGCUUUGGAGAUAUGGAAACAUUACAGCAUGUUGUCAGAAAAUGGCUAAGCAAGUUUCCAAACCCAGAGGAAUCAAAUAUAUUGCAGGAGAUAGAACUCAAAAAGAAAAGUCUGUUACAAGAAACAGAAGUAAAAAGCUAGAAGUAUUAACAGAAACCAUUGUGUAUGAGACUGUGUUUGAUGGAGAAGCCAUUGAUCCAGGUAUGGUGCUUAAAUACCAAACUAAAUGA